AUGAAGAAGACGGCGCGCGGGGCGACGGUAGAGCAAGCGGUGUAUGCGAUCGAGCGGGCGAUGUUACCGAGCGAGGGGGGGGCGGUGAGUGCGCCGGGGCCGGCGACGAUCGAGGCGAGUGUGCACACGGGGCUGAUCACGACGGUGCAUCGCCGGCUGGUGCCUGCGGAGAGCUACGGGGCGGACACGGAGUACCACCAUGUGCCCGGGCCGCUGCUCGUGUUCCCCGGGCUGGUCGACCCGCACGUGCAUCUCAACGAGCCCGGCCGGACGGCCUGGGAGGGCUUCGCGACCGGCACCCUCGCCGCCGCCGCCGGCGGCGUCACCACGCUCGUCGACAUGCCCCUCAACGCCGUCCCGCCCACAACCACCCUGGCCAAUCUGCGCGAAAAGGUGCGGGCGGCCGAGGGCCAAUGUCUCGUCGAUGUGGCCUUCUGGGGCGGCGUGGUCCCCGGCAACCAGGACCACCUCCUGCCCCUCGUCAACGCCGGCGUCAAGGGCUUCAAGUGCUUCCUCAUCGACUCCGGCGUCGCCGAGUUCCCGAGUGUGUCGGAGGCGGACCUGGAGAAAGCGAUGGCCAUCCUCCAGGAUGCAGGGUCGAUGUUGAUGUUCCAUGCGGAGCUGGCCAGCGCCGAGCCGCGCGGGGCGGAGGAGCGGGACCCGGACCUGUAUGCGAGCUUCCUGGCCUCCAGGGCGCCGCGGCUGGAGCAGGACGCCGUCGCGCUGGUGAUCCGCCUGAACAAGAAGUACCCGGGCCUGCGGACGCACAUCGUGCAUCUGAGUGCGGCGGAGGCGCUGCCGAUGAUCGAGGAGGCGCGGCGGGAUGCCGGGCUUCCGCUGACGACCGAGGAAGCAGACGUGCGUGCACUACUUGACGUUAGCGGCGGAGACGAUCCCGGACGGACGGGCGGAGUUCAAGUGUUGUCCGCCGAUCCGGGGGGCGGCGAACCGGGAGCGGCUGUGGAUGGGGCUGGCGGCGGGGACGAUCGGGAUGGUGGUGUCGGACCAUUCGCCGUGCCCGGCGGAGCUGAAGGCCGGCGGGAGCCUGAUGGACGCUGGCUCUGCGAACACCCCGCCGCCUUCGCGCGCCUGGACGACCGCAAGGGCUUCCUCGCGCCCGGGUUCCAGUGCGACCUCUGCAUCUUCGAUCCCAGCCGUGCCUUCCAAGUUGUGUCCUCCCUUAGCUCCCUCCUCAUGCCCUCCUAUUAUACUGACCUCAUCCCAUCCGACAACGCUCGGAAUAAGGUGACCAAGGAAGACCUCAAGUUCAAGAACAAGAUCUCCGCCUACUGCGGGAAACAGCUGUCCGGCAGAGUCGUGUCCACCGUCCUGGCCACCCGGCUGAUCUACGACCUCGACAGUCUUGCGUCUGCGCCCGUCGGCCGCUCGGAAAGGCUGGGGAAGCUGCUGCUGAACUGA